AUGGCGGACGGGGAGCUGAACAUGGAUAGUCUCAUCACCCGAUUACUGGAGGUACGAGGAUGUCGUCCAGGAAAGAUUGUGCAGAUGACUGAAGCAGAGGUUCGGGGCUUAUGUAUCAAGUCUCGGGGGAUCUUUCUCAGCCAACCUAUUCUUUUCGAAUUGGAAGCACCACUGAAAAUUUGUGGUAAACGAAGGUUUAAUAUUAAAUUGUGGGAGACCUUCACUGAUUGUUUUAACUGUCUGCUUAUAGCUGCCAUUGUGGAUGAGAUUUUCUGUUGUCAUGGAGGACUGUCACCAGACCUGCAGUCAAUGGAGCAAAUUCAGAGAAUCAUGAGACCUGAUACAGGUUUGCUCUGCGAUUUGCUAUGGUCCGAUCCAGAUAAGGAUGUGCAAGGCUGGGGAGAAAAUGAUCGUGGUGUCUCCUUCACUUUUGGAGCUGAUGUCGUCAGUAAAUUUCUGAACCGUCAUGAUUUGGACUUGAUUUGUCGACCUCAUCAGGUGGUUGAAGAUGGAUAUGAAUUUUUUGCUAAGCGACAGUUGGUAACCCUGUUUUCAGCCCCAAAUUAUUGUGGCGAGUUUGAUAAUGCUGGUGGAAUGAUGAGUGUGGAUGAAACCUUGAUGUGUUCAUUUCAGAUACUGAAACCAUCUGAAAAGAAAGCUAAGUACCAGUAUGGUGGCCUGAAUUCUGGACGUCCUGUUACUCCACCUCGAACAGCUAAUUCACCGAAGAAAAGGUGA